CGAGCAGUGUUAGAAUACGAACGAGAGUGAACGGACGCGCGAUUGCACUGCCCGCAACCACUGCCAGAAUAGUUCCAUGAUUAACUCCUUUUGUUUCAAACGAAAUCUUAUCAACAAGCAUAAAACGUAGCUAAUUUUAAGGUUUAACAACCAAGUGCAAUAAUAUAUUGAAUAAUUUGCUUUUGAAAAAAUAAGGAUCACUUCUUUGCAAGUGAACAAAAGAAACGAAGCCAGUUUAAGUGACUCAUUUCGACAUACAUUUAUAUUCCUAUUGUUUCUGACAUUGUCAUUGCCAUUAUCACUGCCUGUUGAGCUGCGUCCGCAUUGCGUUCAACAAACGAAACGAACCGAAUCGAAAAUAGAAUUAACUUCCUCGACCUCAAGGCUCCAUAUACAGAGAGAUCAAUGCAUAGCAUGGAGGAAGUGGGAGAGCAAGAGAGACAGCGAGAACGAGAACGGGAACGGGAGGGAGAUCAUGAUCAAGAGCGAGAGCUUGGCAUGCAGCAGAAGCACCGCCAGCACAUUAAGAAUAACAUGGAAACGCUUAUCAAAAAAACCGACUACAAUAUCAUAAUGGCGGAAACAGUGCGCCGAGGUUUACUCUCGCCAGUGAUGCGUCGCAACAUUGAGGCUCUGCAGUCGAUGGAAUAUGAUAUGACUGAUGAGCAGGUACAGCUAUUGCGGCACAAAAGGUACUUUGAGAAGAUUACCAAACGUGGGCCCACUGCCUAUGCGGAGCUGAAGGCAAUUCUAAGAAGCAUGAAACAAUUAGAUGCAUUGCGUCUACUAGAAGAGGUCGACCCACAGGUUAACGACUUCGUAUCGUUGACCCGUGCGAACAGCAACAAAUCCACGGAUAUUGUUGACACUCGGGCCAAUGAACCGCCCAGUGAGGGGGCAAGUGUUAGUAGAAAACCGGCUUUACACAAUGAUGCAGGAGGUCCCUUGACGCCCUUUGUUGGCCAGGUGAAUGGCCAACGUCGCCAGGUGACCAAGUCUACUCAGAUUCACACUGACAAUGUGCUCGGCGUAUAUCCCAUGCAAUCGAAGCAAAACCGUGGUGUUCUCUUUAUAGUGAACAUCAUUGACUUCCCGGACCCAAAUAUAAAGCGAAAUGGGGCAGAUGGAGACAGCGAAUCGUUGAUUCACAUCUUCCGUGAGAUCGGAUUCACGACAUUCUAUUACAAGAAUCUUAAUUGUAAUCAAUUCUUCGAAACCCUCCGCGAAUUAACUAAUUCGGAUUAUGUGCGCGAUACAGAGUGCUUUGUCAUGGUGUUGAUGACGCAUGGCGAGCGCUACCAGGAAGUGGACAAAGUGAACUUCAGCGAUGGCUCUUUAAGCAAUGUGAAGACAAUCAUCGAUCACUUCCAGCCUAAUAGAUGUCCCAAUUUGCUACACAAACCCAAGGUGCUAAUAUUUCCAUUUUGUCGUGGUGAGACUCCAGAUCAUGGACAGAAUGUAAAACACUCAGUGAGCACGAGCAUGCGCAUCCAAACUGAUGGGAUGCCCAUUGACAAUGUGCCCACAUUGUCAGAUAUUUUGGUAUGCUAUGCCAGCACGCCCGGAUUCGAGACCCAUCGGGAUCCCAAGGAAGGCAGUUGGUAUAUUCAAAAGCUCUGUGAUACGAUAGCCGAGCAUGCACACGACACUUCGCUGGAGGACAUGCUGAAGAAGACGAACUCGUUGGUGGGCAAAAUGCGCACCAAGCGUGGCCAUUUGCAGACUGGCGCCUUCGACAACCUUGGGUUCAAUAAGAAGCUCUUCUUCAAUCCGGGGUUCUUCAUUGAAUAGAUUGCUACAUAUAAAUUGACGAGCACAAAUGGAAGCAUUCCCAUUCGACUGAAUUGCAUUUAUACUUAUCGUCUCUAUGUUUAAUAUAUAUAUGGGUUUAUACAUAUAUAUAAAUAUCUCUGUAGCUGUUUUUUAAAUUGUAUGUUAAUGUGCUAUUGUCCCCUCCAUAUCUGCCAGUACUAUAUACUCCAUGUA